CGCCCCGAGUGUCCCGCACCUGCACACACUGCCCCUCCCCCCAAGCGUCUGGCACCUGCACACACUGAAUCCUCGUGCAGGAAGCUGGACUCACUGUCCAACUUGGAAUAAGUUUGUGACUGACUUUGAAAGCAGGGCUGAGACAGCGGGGUUGUCUGUUUUUGGGGCCCUGUCCGCGGCGCUCUCCUGCCUCUGUCCAGUCUGCCAUGGGUCGGAGCCCACUUGCAGCGCCCCCACCCACCUGGCUGUACUGCGAUCCGUGACCAAGGCCUGGGAAGCAGGAGAGGCUGGCCCCAGGGGAGCCGUGCCCAGCCAGCCGAGGCCCUGGGCAAGGCCAGUGUGCUGGCAGCUGGCAUGCUCUCUGGCCCGGGGACCCCCCCCACGCACCGCUGUGCCCACACCCUCUGGUGAAGAGCAGGGCAGAGGGACUGCUUGACCCCCAGGAGCACCUGCUGUCUGCGGUGUGGGCCCGUCGUGACUUCCCGCGUUGUGCGUUUCCUGAGGGCCGCAGGCCACGCUGGUGGGAGGACUGUGCGCACGUCGGGCCUGCGGGGGAUGCAGGAGGCAGUGUCCGCAUCAGCCCUCGUGGGAAGCCCGCUCCCCAGACCCCAUCUCAGGGCCCAGGAAGCGACCGGCCGCGUGAGAUAGAAGCCUCUGGAACUGGCCACAGACCCGCUCCCUGCGCCCACCUCUCCGCACGCCUCCUAGCACAGCAGCUCUCAGACUUUGACCCGGCGCAGGCUCGGUGGCCGCUGUGGACAGGAGCCUAGGAGCUUUGGUUCGAGACAAUUAAAGACGCGGGAUGAGCAUCCAGUGACAGGACGCGGUUCUGCAGGGGAUUCUGAAGAUAGACGCUUUGAAAAGCGGAAUUCAUGGUCGAGGAAGCCGAGCCUGUAUUAAGAGAUGUCAGGCGUCCGACCUCCGAUCAUGAACGGGCCCAUGCACCCCCGGCCCCUGGUGGCGCUGCUGGACGGCCGGGACUGCACGGUGGAGAUGCCCAUCCUCAAGGACGUGGCCACGGUGGCCUUCUGUGACGCCCAGUCCACGCAGGAGAUCCAUGAGAAGGUGCUGAACGAGGCCGUGGGCGCGCUCAUGUACCACACCAUCACCCUGACCCGGGAGGACCUGGAGAAGUUCAAGGCCCUUCGCAUCAUCGUCCGCAUCGGCAGCGGCUUCGACAACAUCGACAUCAAGUCGGCCGGGGACCUGGGCAUCGCGGUGUGCAACGUGCCAGCCGCGUCCGUGGAGGAGACCGCCGACUCGACCAUGUGCCACAUCCUCAACCUGUACCGCAGGACCACGUGGCUGCACCAGGCGCUGCGGGAGGGCACGCGGGUCCAGAGCGUCGAGCAGAUCCGAGAAGUGGCUUCCGGGGCCGCCAGGAUCCGCGGGGAGACCUUGGGCAUCAUCGGAUUAGGUCGCGUGGGGCAGGCGGUGGCGCUGCGGGCCAAGGCCUUCGGCUUCAACGUGCUCUUCUACGACCCCUACCUGGCGGACGGCACGGAGCGGGCGCUGGGGCUGCAGCGGGUCAGCACCCUGCAGGACCUGCUCUUCCACAGCGACUGCGUGACCCUGCACUGCGGCCUCAACGAGCACAACCACCACCUCAUCAACGACUUCACCGUCAAGCAGAUGAGACAAGGGGCCUUCCUGGUGAACACGGCCCGGGGCGGCCUGGUGGACGAGAAGGCGCUGGCCCAGGCGCUGAAGGAGGGGCGGAUCCGCGGCGCGGCCCUUGACGUGCACGAGUCAGAGCCCUUCAGCUUUAGCCAGGGCCCCCUGAAGGACGCACCCAACCUGAUCUGCACCCCGCACGCAGCCUGGUACAGCGAGCAGGCCUCCAUCGAGAUGCGGGAGGAGGCGGCCCGCGAGAUCCGGAGAGCCAUCACAGGCCGGAUCCCUGACAGCCUGAAGAACUGUGUGAACAAGGACCACCUGGCAGCAGCCACCCACUGGGCCAGCGUGGACCCAGCCGUGGUGCACCCCGAGCUCAACGGGGCCGCCUACAGCAGGUACCCCCCGGGCGUGGUGGGCGUGGCCCCCAGUGGCAUCCCAGCCGCAGUCGAAGGCAUUGUCCCCAGCGCCAUGUCCCUGUCCCACGGCCUGCCCCCUGUAUCCCACCCGCCCCACGCGCCUUCUCCAGGCCAAACCGUCAAGCCCGAGGCGGAUAGAGACCACGCGAGCGACCAGUUGUAACCCGGGCAGAGCUCCGAAGCCUCGCCGCCGCCGCCGCAAGCGCCGAAGGGGCCACGCCCUCGGACAGGCGUGUGCAGGGGCAGCGCCGACGGGCGGCCGCGGCCUCCAGAGAUGGCCCGGGCUCCAGGCGGUGAGAGGUGGCGCCGGCCUCCUCGCGUCACUGUAGUUGUCCCGUCCCGAGGGCCAGCCGCUGCCCCGUGUCCUUCGCGUCCUUGUUAAGCAAAAGCAGUUAGUAGUUAAUUCUGUCAUGAAUGUUCCCGUCUGUGCACAGUCUCUAGAACAUUACAAGGAUUUGUUUGCUUAGCUGUCGGCAGAGAUGCCCGCGGGAGCGCCGGCGUCCGCCCAGGCCGCCCCGUGAGUGCCGCGCGCCCCGGACCAGGCAGUUGGCAAACUUCUCAGGACAAUGAAUCCCUCCGGUUUUCUUUUUACGCCACACAGUGCAUUGUUUUUUCUACCUGCUUGUCUUAUUUUUAGGAUAAUUUAGAAAAGCAACACCCAGGCUGUCUUUCCUCAUUUUGGCAUGAACCCCCUUGUUCCAAACGAAGGCGGCGCCGCCAGGCGGGCAGAGCGUGCGCCUCUGCCCCGGGGGCCAGGGCCCCGCGCCCGCCGAGCGGAGCCGUCCUGCUGAUGUGGUAGGCUAGCAAUAUUUUGGUUAAAAUCAUGUUUGUGACUGUAACCAUUUGUAUGAAUUAUUUUAAAGAAAUAAAAAUCCCAGAAAGA